UCAGAGGGUAUUGAUUUCGUGAGCGCACUCCAAUUGGCAGCAUCCCCACUAACGCGCCGGCGCGUCAUCCUCGCUUCACAUCGACGGAGCGAGUUGUAAGCAAAUGAGAACAUGUGUGCGAUCUGAGAAGCCAGAAAGCAGCCAAAAGGGGGAGAAAGGAGAGGAGGUGCGCGCGACCUGACAAGUGGAUACGGGCUUUUAUUUUUCCUGAUAUGUUUUAUUUCCAGACUGGGAAUUUACCGAUUCGUCACACGCCUCUUCAUUAUAAUCGCAGACAGUUGGAUAUGUGUGUGUGAGCGAGCGGGCGCGCGCGCGGGCGCGUGUGCGCAGCUCAGGCUGAAUUGACUUGAAUGUGCCGCUGCCAGUUUAAUCCGAGCAGACUGGAAGAUUUAAUAAUUCACGGUAAUCACGCAUUAUCGCCUCAGUGGAUGCUCUCUACUCAGCCCUGGUGAAUAUUCUCACCCCCUUCUUUUCUUUCUUUCUGCCUUUUCACGUUCUUCCUCUUGUCUUGUGGCGGAUUUAUCGACGCCUUGUCUGAAAUAUCAUCUGUUGCUGCUGGAUGUGACUGCUGAGGUGAUGCCGGGCUGAACAGGCAGACGCGGUUUUUUUGGGUUGCCUUUUUUCCCCCUCAGGUAAAAUGGACGAGAAAUUAUUAUUACUUUUGUUACUUCUAUUGUCUUUACACGCGAUGCUGUGAUUUUUUUUUCUUCUCCCACCCCUCCGGUCCGUUUUGUCAUGAUCAACCCCGAUUAUUGAUCCAGACUGAGUUCAAUAGAGACACCGGACACAUAAAGAAGGAUAAAAUCGUGGAUGUAUUUUCCUCCCUUUUCUCUGCAACUGAAAUGUUGAUGAUGGAGGACGACGAGCUGGACACUCAUCAGGUUGAUUCGGAUUUCGAGCCGCAAAGCCGGCCUCGCUCCUGCACCUGGCCGCUGCCGUGUCCGGAGGAUUUCCCCGGCGCGCACGAGGUCAGCGGGGGUCUCCCACUGGUCAACAUUAAGGUGGAACCGGACGACGUGCCCGCCUGCAGAGCCGGACUCAUGUGCGGAACGCCGGUGGAGUUGAAGCACCCGGCCGGCGCCCCGGCACCCACCGGCGCGGCGCACCCAUGCUUGGCCGGCGCCGCGCUCGAUGCCGGCGGACCGCUGCGUAAAGCCAAGUCGUCGCGGCGGAACGCGUGGGGGAACCAGUCCUACGCGGAUCUCAUUACCAGAGCCAUCGAGAGCACCCCGGAGAAGAGGCUCACCCUGUCGCAGAUAUACGACUGGAUGGUCCGCUAUGUCCCCUAUUUCAAGGAUAAGGGUGACAGUAACAGCUCAGCAGGCUGGAAGAACUCCAUCCGCCACAAUCUGUCCCUCCACACACGGUUCAUUCGAGUGCAGAAUGAAGGAACGGGGAAAAGCUCUUGGUGGAUGCUGAACCCAGAUGGAGGAAAGAUGGGAAAGGCCCCCCGUCGACGCGCCGUCUCCAUGGACAACAGCACAAAGUAUCUGAAGAGCAAAGGCCGCAUCAGGGGCAAAAGAGUCGGACGUCCAAGUAUAGGAGCUGGGUCUGCUGUCGUUGGGCUUCAGGGCUCUCCUGACCAUGGCAGCCCGCCAUGUAAAGGCCUCCCAGGUACUGGAGGAACAUCUGGAACUGACGGAGAGUUCGAUGCUUGGACAGAUCUUCACUCCAGAGCCAGUUCUUCAGCAUCAACCCUAAGUGGACGUCUCUCACCCAUCCUUGCAGAGGGAGAACCAGAGGAACCGGAAGAGGGUGGUCUGUCUUGUUCCACCUCUCCCCACCUUUAUCCAUCUCCAACCAGCGCCCGCUCUCCGUCCAUGGGGGGUGGGAAUCGUUGUCCUCCCCUCGAGCAAUUGCCACAGUUGGCUAACUUGACAGGUGCCAUAAGUCUUGACGAGCAACUGAUGGAAGAUGGAUAUCACCACCAUCACACGCAACACCAACAACAUUCUGCCGUCGGCAGGCACAAGCUUCAGACACCUGUCUAUCAUUACAACUCCACGGUGAAGGGACAGAGUUCGUACGGUUCUGGAGUAUUUGGUGCGUCAGGCAUGAGCAUGCUUCGCCAUCACUCUCCCAUGCAGACUAUUCAAGAGAACAAGCCGGCCAGUUUCUCUGGAACAAUGCGCGCGUACUCCAGCACCAAUGCCCUGCAGAGCCUGUUAACUGGAGGCUCAACGGCCCAGCAAUACUGCUCCAAGGACAUGAUGCUGGGACAGGAGAGGGAGAGUCAUCCGAUGAUGGGCCAAGCUUGUAAUGGAGUCGGGUCCAACCAUCACAGCCACCACACUGGCCACCACAACGGCCACCACAACGGCCACAGCCACAAUGGACCUCACAAUCACAAUGCGGCUCAUAGCCAUAACAGAACUCACAGCCAUACACCCAGUCAUAAUCACAGCAACGUGUCAAAUCACAGCUCACCUCAUAGCCUCACACACAACGGUCAUAACCUCAGCCAGAGCCAUAACCACACCCCUCCCCGGGUCCCCGCUCUAACCCCAUGUGGCAACAGCAGUCAGCUGCAGACAUACAACAACAAAACACCCUAUCUGUACAGUCCCCCGUCACAUGCACAUCUCCCUGCCUCCACCACUCUGCCCCCAAACCCUGCAGGUAUGCUCGGCAUGCCCCAGGACUCAUGUCACGUGGCCACCGCCCCACACCCACACCCUCGUCAUAACCACUACGCCGAGCUACAACACCAAGCGAUGGCCAAUGGGCCGUUCCACCAUGGCCAGAGUAUAGCGGGCAGCGGCGGCAACUACCACAGCUACCACCAACCUCACCCGCAUGAGAGACUUCCCGCAGAUCUGGACAUUGACAUGUUCCACGGUAGCUUGGAUUGUGAUGUGGAGUCUAUCCUUCUUCAUGACAUUAUGGACUCUGGUGAAGAGGUGGACUUCAACUUCGACUGCUCCUUAGCUCAAGGGGUGGGAAUCGGCAUGGGUAUGGGCAUGGGUGUAGCGAUGGGAAUGGGAAUGAGUGGACUGGCCGGUGCACAGCAAACUCACAGCAACCAGAGCUGGGUUCCUGGGUGAAAUCACAGACAGUUAUGACCCUCAGAAGGAACUAUCCUCCCCAUUAAGCACUGUGCUCAACUUUGACAUUCCUGACUGGACACAGAGACUCGAGGACCAACAUGCUUGUUUCUUUGUUGUCUCGACAAUUUCUCUGUCACCCCGACCCUUUUUUGAUCUACCUACUACCCUGUGAGAGAUAUAGUUCAUGUCGCCAUAGUUAUGAUUUUUUUUUUUCCCUCCCUAAUAUCAGCUAUACUGUGAUGACAAUCUCUCAGCUGUGCUUACCCGUCAUUGCUUCUCCUCCACCAAGAGAACGAAUCUCUCAAUGCACUUUAUUGCAAGUGGGUCACAUCUCACAGUGUAACGUGUUCGCAGAGCAGCUCAGGCUGAGCGCUUGGCAGGCUUUGUCGUGUGGCUACAUUAUUUGACAGGAUCUAAUGAGGAAAUCGCAGGCUUGAAAUGAUCGAUCGAUCGGGGCAUUAAAUUAAAAUUGGCUACUGUCUUCCACAAAGUCAAUGGCUGUGUUUAUGUGGCUGCAGUUUCCAAAUGAUCGCAGAAAUCCGAAAGAAAGAAAGAAAAACAUGUACUAUUUGAUAAACCUUGAUUUAUAACCAGCCCAUCCUGAAAAAACUGCACUUAUGAGCCAGAAAAGUGUGGAGACAGUGCAUACCUCGGCCAAGGAGUUAAUAAAACAGGAUACAGUCAAAUCAAUAAAACAACGUCUAGUGACUUAUGAAAAAAGUAAGGCUCCCAGCUGAAUUCAUUGGGUUUUGCCUUGUGUUGUAACCGCGAGCGACGCCGCAUUCCGCCGUCCUCAUAUCUGUCCCAUCCCUGGUAACCUCAUGAGAGUCAAAUGAACAAUUCCAACAUACUUUGUUACCACAGUCACAUGAAAGUAGAUGUGUAAUAUUGUUUCGAUUGUAUGCUGUUUACACAUAAUUCUGAGCAGAGCUGGAAGCCAUAUGAUGGCUAUGAGCUAACAACAACAAACAAAUGCGCACGGCUCGAUAAGAAAAGCCAUUCACUUUAUUAACAAUCAUCUAAGAGGUAUUCCAAACGCAACAUAUGUCUCCUCAGUUUUGUGCAGUCUUGUGUCGAACGCUUAGAAGUAGCCAAGUACAAGAGGUGAAAGUACAAAAACGACAUGGACCAGCGUGUUUAUAUCACAUGCGUUCUUUCACUCACACAUUACGGUGAAAGCCACGGAGAACAAGCAACACAAUGAUUGAUUCAAACGUGCAAAUCAUUUCCCUCUCCCGAUAUAUCUGGCCAACGCCUUAAUUAUAUUAAUCUCCGCGGACUGAAGGGCUCUAACCUUCAUCUUGCAGGGGGCAGCCAUACAUUUUACUGAUAAUGAAAUUCACAUGCUCAUCGAAUCAAUUUUCAGAAAAUCUCACCCGAGCAGAGCUGAUAUUUACAGCUCUGUGCAUUCAGACCUUGGCACUCUGACUUUGCUCUUGGAUGCCACAUUAUGUUAAUGUCCUUUUGCCAUUGGUUGCAGCCUGUUGUCACUACAUCAUUAAAUGGAUUCUAUCAUUACUGGCCGGCGUGCAAUUUGGCGAAUUAAAGUCUUGUAUCACCUUGUCUCACCUGGCUUCUCCGUGCCAGCCGCUCUUCUGCUUUGCCUUCUCAAAGUCGCUCCCCCUCUCUGCCGCCUGCCAGUGGAGACAAAGUGACCAUUACUCACCCCGAGCCAUUAAUGUGGCUUGAUUGAAAUUCAGCAUCUUGCUUUUAAUCUCCAAAGUGAUGCUGCAGCAAUGCGUCAUUAUUGAGAAACUAACACAUUGUGUUGCUAUCUCUCACCCGGGUCGUUCUCGCCGCCGCUUGCUUCCUGCUCUAAUGUGGCGAGAAAGCGAGACAAAACUGUGAUGAACGCCAGGUCACUCACGCCGUCCUGCUCUGUGCACGCCAAUGACACUGUCCUCUUGCUUACUCAUGUUGGGUGCGGAUGGAAAAGAUGGAGACAAGGAUAGAAGAAAUUUGUUGUUAUAGUGGGAUCCAUCAUCAGUUUCCAUGCUGUCGAGCGUGUGUCUGAAAACAGGUAGUGUAUUUGUACUGUAACUCAUCCACAUGCUCUGUACUUUGUGUUCCCUUGUGCCCAUGUUUUCAGUGCGACUACCCCGAGUAUCAACUCCACAGCAGUGCAAAGAGAGAUUUAAGUUGAAAACAAUCAGCCGGUCCGAGUGGCAAACAUCUGCGUCAAACAGGGUUUGGAAAGCCCCGCAGCCGCCCACAUCCCCUUUCUGUGUGUUUAUUCUGUUGUCUUGUAGUUGUUGUCGUAUUGUUGAAAACUCUUAAAACCAACGAGGACUCCGUUUGGAAACCCAUGGCGAUUGAAAUCCAUGAUGAAAUGACAAUGGGAUAGUGCAGACCUUCCUAUGCGCCAAUGCCGCUCCCCCUCCCACGUGCUCCGCUCGAUUGUCUCUGUUUGUGAGUGGAGGUCUCCGGUUUGUUCCCUCCUAGCCUUGGGUAUGGAAAAGAGCGGACAACCCCAUUAUGUCCCUCGGAGAGACUUGCUGCAAUUAGUCUGUACCAAGUAUGGCGCACAAUGGAGGCGAAGCGGGGGGUUCGGGAAGGGUGGGGGUUAUUGUUACAGCCAAAGGUCAAGCACGGCUUAGACUAUCAGAUCCAUUACUGAGGUAAAUACCUUUAUUACAAGGCUUUUAGCGGCACUGGUUCCAGUUAAUCUCGGAUGAAAAAUGUGUGGAAUUUUCUAAGCAAAUGGGCCUCGCUGAUGCAGUUAUACCCGCACUUCAGACAUUGGCGAUGGCCCGUUAUUGGACAGAGAGCUAUAUAUGAUGUCUAAUUUUCCUAUAUUUAUUUAUGAAAGAGAUUGGUCUUUGUCACGCCUAAAUGUGGUAGUUGUUCCAGUCAACUCCUGUCCUUCCCUCCAUCCCAGAACUCCAGUUUUUUUUUUUUUAAAGAUGUCAAUGUCCCCCUUUUUAUUUACUUUUAUUUUGUACAAAAUCUAUAUAUUAAGAAUAUUGUAUAAUAGUUUUUAAGAACUCAAAAGAAUAUCAGUUUUGCUGUCUAUUUCAUUUUUUCAAGAGAAUGUAUCUCAUCAUCUGGUGACUGUUAAAUAAAUGAAAUUAACAAAA